AUGCUCCUCGCCGUGGUCUGCGUGUCCGCCUCGUUGCCGGGAGCGGCGGCGACCUCCCAACUUCUCCACGCGGCGUACUGGGGCUGGCUGGAGGAGGUAGAGCGCCUCGUCAAUCAACGCGCGGCGCUGGAGGAGCGCGACUGGCUCGGGAAGACUCCCCUGGCGUAUGCGGCCUGGCAGGGCCGUGUGGAGGUGGCACAGUACCUGCUGCAGCAGGGUGCUGCCGUUGAUGCGAAGGACAAGGAUGGCGAGACGCCGUUGGCCCUGGCUGCCAGGUAUGGGCAGUCGAGAUUGGUCGACCUCCUGGUGGCCCAUGGCGCGGAUGUGCGGGCCAAGACCGAGGAUGGCCAGAGUGUCCUGGCUCUCGCGGCCUUGCAGGGCCACGGGGAGGUGGUCGAAGACCUGCUGCAGAGACGUGCGCAGGCGGAGACCCGUGACCGCAACGGCCGCACCCCUUUGGCCCUGGCGGCCACUUUCGGCCACCUCUCCGUGGUCCGGCAGCUUCUAACCACGGCUCCCAGGGGCGGCGGCGAGCCGCCGUCGGAGGCCCCAAGGUCGUUGGUGCAGCGGCAGAUCUCGGUGGACUCGCAGGACAACCUGGGCUUCACUCCCUUGGCUUCUGCCUCCUGGGCCGGGCACGCAGACGUGGCCUCGUUUCUGCUGCGGAAGGGUGCCGACCCGAAGGGGCGCACCGAUGCGCAGGACCCGCUGGUGCUCGCUGCCACCAACGGCCACGCCAAGGUUGCUGCGGUCCUGCAGCGAGCUGGAGCACGCUUGGACCUGCAGGCCGAGGCACCCCAGACAGGGCUGCCCAUGUGGGCGCAGGCCUCGCCGAAAGCGAGGACGCUUGGCCUGGUCGAGCCCACCUUCGUUUGGCACCUGGGGGUUUUGGUGGGCCAAUGGGAGACCCACGUGGCGGUCUUGGGCGGACUCUUCCUGUCGCUGCUGCUGGCACUCUCAGAACGGUGGCUCCAGGGAGAAGGCAUCGUGCCCGACUGGGGGCCUCCCAAGCUGCCCCUCGCGGAAGCCAAGGAUGCAGGUCAAGCUGCGGAAGCGAGUUCGAAGCAGGAUGCUUUUGGGUGCUGGAUCGACGGGGCGAGGCUCCUCGCGGCGGGCGCGCAGAAGCCUUCCGGGCAGCGGCUCCUCCUCCGGUGCCGCCGGCUCCUCGAGGCCUGGGCCAAUGUGACGAUCUCCUGCUCAUGGGGCUUCCUCGUCGUCUUCUGGCCCUACUGGGCGGCUCUGGUCUUGCUUGCCUUUCUGGGUCCAGCCGUCUUUCAAUUUUCCGCGGCCGCGCUCCUCAGACGGCCCUCCCUGAUCUUUGGUGCUGCCGGCCUCCGCGGCGAGGCGCUCGCCGCGAUGAGGCUCCUCUUGCUUCUGCUCCUCCUGGCUCUCACUGGCGACCCGUUGGAGGGAGUGGGAAGCCUCGAUGCGCCGGCGCGGGAAGGCGUGUGGGAUGCUCUUUUUGCACCGUCGUACGUCGAUUUUCAAGGCCAGAGCUUGGAGAACAUUCGCAGCGACGGCCGCCCACUGGCUGGCCUUGGAAACCACGACAGGCGCAUCUUUGCGAGGGCUGCAGGAUGGUGGCCAAAGCAGACGUUGGGCGGUGUCGACCUCCUUUCCAUAGUCCACGGCUACGAGAUCGUGAGUCUCUUCUGCGUUGCCUGUUUCCCGGUGCUGCUGCUCUGGAGGGCUGUCUCCUCCGCACUGCAGAAAGACGAGGGAACGAAGGCCGAUUCAGAGCAGAUCGCGCGGCAAAUCCUUCAGGAUCUUCCCGUCACGGAGAGCGGCUGCCAAGGGCUUCUCGAGGGUGUCCGUGCUCGACUCUUCCUCCUGGGCCUCGAUCCGAUCCUGCAACUGAGCUCCAUCUGGGUGCUGCUGGUCGCCGGAAGCUUUAGCGCAGCCGGUCUUCUGGUGGCGGUCUGGUGUCGCUGUCUCUGGAAGCUCGUGCUCUACAAGAGCCCGCGGAAGAUCGUCGCAUCUGCACAGGAGAGCAUGAAACAAGGCAUCUUGCAUCGAGACGUUGUGGAGCUGGUCGUCGACCACGGGGGCUUUCAGGCGUGCUUCUGCCUCGCGAUCGUUUCGCACAGCUUCUUCUUCUCCGUCCUGGAUGUGCCCGGGGCGUUCGCCUUGCUCCUGAACAUGGCCGUCAGUGCUCACUCGGCGGCCUCCUUCCUCUAUGAGCACGUGGACCUGCAGGCCGGUGAAGGGCCCGCAGACCAAGCUCUGGAGGGCCGGGAACAGCGGACCCUGUCGGAGGAGAGCGAAGCCUCCGUCCGCUCGCUGCUGAACACGGAGCCUCCCGAGGACAGAGCCACCCGGUCACGCAGUCACAGCUGA